AUGACAGCAGCUAGCAAACAUCUCAUCUGCCUGGCUCAACGACGUUAUGGUUUCGCUAGCUGCGUGUUUUUGUCCUAUUUUUGAUUAAUUUUCCUCAGUUGCACACAGCCACAGCUUAGCAUGUGCAACUCGAGCUGUUUAAUAAGUAGCCAGAUCGUUUGUCACGCUUGAAAUAUCGAAACCAGCGAUUGUUUGGACUUUUGGAGGCCGUGUAUUCUAUUUUAAAGCUUAUUUUCAACGCAUUUUUUCAACGACCAAUCAAGACUUUUUCGGGGGUUUUUUUUAUCACACAACAUGAUAUUGCCUACCACGUCGCUGGACAGGCAUAUCUAAAUUGACGGUUUUUUUAUUAAACAAGAAGGAAUUGGGGUUGAAUGCUGUUUGUUUUCCAACCAGCAACCAGCACAGCAGCACCAAAGCUCAAAAUUAUUAGUAAAAUAACAUCACCAGCUGCUUAAAUAUACUUUUUUUUGUGACAAGCUGUGCAAUCUGGCAACCAGUACCCUCAUCAGAUCGAUCUGACUGAGCUGUCAAUCCAGUAUUUUCGCCUAUUUUUUUUUCCAGACUCAACGAUGGUCUCUAGUUAACAGCGUUUGCUGUCAGUAUCAGAGCCUAAAAUUGACCAAGUGCAGAACUAAAGCUGUGAGCUCUUAUCUGUUUGACAGCUCAUCUAUAAAAGUCUUUAGACCUUCCUGAGUGUCACCACUUUCAUGCUUUCAGGAAGAGUUGCCAGAUUUUGCAAACCUGGAAGGGUUUUUCUUGUUCGUGUCGUGUUAUUCUCACAGUUUUAACAUUUAAUGUCCAAUAUCUCGUUUAAUAUGAACAGGACUAGUUAAUUUAGUUAUUUUUUGGCAGCUGAGGGACGUUUUUUAUUCGGUUUUUAUCAUCUAGCUAUUCGGAAACCAGCGUGUUUAUUUGUGUUAGAUUUUUUACUCCCCAUUUUUGUACACAUUUCUGGUUUUCUGAAAUAUCAACAAGCCCCAUAUCUAAACAUUUCCCUCGCUGCCUUAUACAAAAAAAAAAUAUAUAUAUUUUGUACAUUCGCCUGACUGGAUUUUUCUUACUCGAAACGCUGGAAGAGGAAGAAGCGUGAAGGAACGAAGGGCUGCUGCUUGUUUUUUUUUCAUCGUUUAUUUCUGACCAGGAUUGUCGUUUUUUUUUUAUCGGUGUUUAUUGCUUAAAAUGACGGCUAUUGAGAAACUGCAGAUGUUGAUCGAAGCAGCUGAAUAUCUUGAUCGAAGAGAAAGAGAAGCGGAGCACGGCUAUGCCUCCAUGUUACCCUUCACCAGCAACAAAGAGAGGGAUGGCUUGAAACGAAAAAUUAAAAGCAAGAAAAAUUGCAGCAGCAGGUCUACACACAACGAGAUGGAGAAGAACAGGAGGGCACAUUUACGACUGUGUUUGGAACGCUUGAAAUCCCUCGUGCCCUUAGGACCAGAUUCAAACAGGCACACAACCCUCAGCCUACUUAUGAGGGCUAAGGAACACAUCAAGAGGUUGGAGGACAGCGAGAGGAAGGCCCAGCACACUAUAGACCAGCUGCAGAGAGAACAAAGGCACCUGCGCAGACGCCUGGAGCAGCUGGGUGUGGAGCGCACACGUAUGGACAGCAUGGGCUCCACCAUCUCUUCAGACAAAUCCGACUCUGACCAAGAAGAGGUGGAUGUUGACGUGGAAGGAACAGACUAUCUGCUGGGAGACCUGGAAUGGAGCACCAGCAGCGUAAGCGACUCGGACGAACGGGGAAGCUUGCGCAGUAGCUGCAGCGAUGAAGGCUAUUCCAGUGCCAGUCUCCGUCGCCUCGCCAACCCUCAGGAGAAGAGCCCAGCGCUGGGCUGCAGUCUAUAAGAGCACAGAUCACCCCAGGUUCCUCAGCCACUCAUCUCCCACCACUUCAACCUGUACCUCCAAUCACCUUCAGCCAGGUCCUCCUCUAAUACUUGAACAGUGUUGUCCCUUUUCUCUUGCUCCAGUCAAGAGGAGGAAGCACGAAGAAAGUAUUGGAAUUCGGAUGUGCCGUCCACCAACGACCUCAUAUAUGCAGCACUAACUGGGAGAAAACCCCUCGUCCACUUGCCCCUCGUCCAAUCAGAUCUUCCCACCCAUUCGCCUUCACUCCCAUCCCACCAUCCUGGAGAGAGGCACUCAAUUUGGGACAUUCCCAUUCCCGAAAGACCCUCAAAAGACCCUAAAGACCUCACAGCCAGAUGAAGAAUGUGUACCAUACCACACCCACUGCCUAGUCACUGUCGCACUCUGGGACAAUCGCACCCAGGCUGUCUUACGCAGCCCUUUACGUUCCUUCAAUCAAAACUGAACCGUCCAGACACAGGGCUGAGCAGUUAGCUAACCUACCAGAGCAUGGUAUUUUGCACUUAGAUGACGACGUCCGUAGGAGUGGCCUUUUUACCCUCGUCCCAAGCCAGGUUUGCCGGAUUCGGGAAAGCUGCGAGAUCAGAGCAAAAGGGCUACUUCUACCGUGCAGCGAGGAUCGCUUCGUGUCAAAAGAUGUGCCGUCAUGUCGUUUUGUUUUCGAAAACGUCUCUCCGAAGGGACUGCAGCUACUUUAGUGAUGUAUCAGGCGUAGUGUGUUAGCUAGUCUUAAAAAAUAUCUACCUGCACUGUCUAAUACCCGCACGCCCGACACUCCCGCGUGGGCAGCGAUUACUGACGUGUUGUUGUUUCGCUUUUUUUUUUUCCUCAUGUGCUGUGCGAAAAUCAUCAGGGCGGUAGCAAUAUACCCCUCAACUGGACUUAACCGGUGGAUUCCUGACGCAAGAGAAAAUCUCUAUCCGUCAUUUUUUUUCAUUUUAAAUUUCUACAUCGGUGGGGCGAAACGAAGCGUUUGCAGCAUGAGAUUCUUCGAGGGUUUUGUGGGUUGGGUUUAUGAAACGGGGUGGGAAUGGAGGUGACGUCUGGAUCUCAGGUAUCUCUUCCUCUCUCUCUAAGGACAGUGGCGUUUUUGGUGUGCGUGUGCAUUUUCUUCACGUUUGUCAUUUUCUCUCGACUGUUCGGCCCUAGGGCGACUCUAGAAGCACAUUCCACGAUAGAGCAGAGGUUUACGUCAUUGCAUGGACUGCAGACACUGAUACAAAGGUCUGAGGAUUCAGAUUACCUGCUGUAUGAGCGACGGACCUCUGCUCCUGCGCCAUCAGGCUCAUUGUAAGAGUGUGAGUGAGUGUGUGUAUGUGUGUGUGUGUGUCGGUGGCUGCACUGCAUUGGAGUUUCACUCCAGCUAUUUACCAUUUCAGCUAAAUGUAGUCAUGAUGUGUAUAUAGUUCACAGAAAAAGAGAGAUAUCUACCCUAUAUGUACGUAUAUGGAUAAAGUAUUUAUAUUUGAUCUACAUUACAGACUAUAAAUAUAUAUGAGAAUAUAUUUAAGUAGUGAUUGCCUUAGUUGCUUCGGUUCUCCUUAUCGUUAGUUUCAAUGUGUAGUUGAUUUGCACUAUAUAUAGAUACGUAUAAAUACAUAUAUCCUAUUUUACACAUCCUAAAAAUCUUCGUUAUAUUUUUUCCUGCACUAAAAUGAAAACGUGUCGACUAAAAAACAUAAAAAGCAAGAUAAACCUCAAUUAAAAAAAAAAAAAGAUCGGGAUGUAUUUGUUAGCGUGUUGGUGGCACUGCGAUUGUGGAAAGUGGGUAAUCAGAGUAGUCGUUAUUAUUGUGCCUGACGGGACAAGGAAGAAGCGUUUUUCUAUAACACUAGUGAGCGGGUUCUUUCGGGAGCCUUGUGAAGGAUCUGUGUGUUUGAAUGUACUGAAAUCUACUGUUGCAUCACAAAUUGUAGAAUAUUUAAUUUUGUAGAACGUUAGAUGCACCAAAAACAGAUCAGAUUGUUCAACAUAUGGAAUGCUGCUGUUGGGUAGUUUUGACAUUUAAAAACAUUUAAAAUUCCCAAAAAAAGUUUAUAAUUAAAAAAUAAAAAGUAUAAAUUUUGUGUUUUGAGUUGUAGCCAUGAGAGCAUUAGAGCACGGUGUAUUUUGGAAAAGGGGGAGGGUGUACUGUGUAUAUAAAUAUGUGUGUGCUUGUUUGUGACGUCACUGUCCACAGACAGAGAGAAAGAGUUCGAUUUUGCUUUUUUUCUUUCUUUUCUUGUUUGUUUUUCUCUUUGGGGAGGGCAGGGGGUUUGGGGCAGUAUGCCUUUUGUAUUGAUAUGCUUUUUUGUCUCGUUUUUAUGUUACAAGUGUUUAAAAAGUGCAAACAAAAAGUGAACUUCCUUCUCAAGAUUGUGUCUUGUUAACGAAUUGGUGUCUUGAAGUUUCUCACGACCCACCGAAGUAGGCUCUGCUACUUUCUGUGCAGUUCGACCUUUUUUUUUUCCCCCUCAUAAGCCGUCUUCUGUGAACACCAGUGGCGGGACAUAGCUAACGUGUUGCACUUACGAAUGUUACGUGAAAGACUCUACGGUGCUGUCAUUCACACAGAUGUGAAUUCCCGCUCUAACACGAACCCCUUUUUGUCCCGACGCUGCGCUUGUCACAGUCAAUGAUGUCACCGCGGGGGGUAGAUGUACUACUUUUGAUUUGUAUAUAUGGGUUAUGUACCGUACGUAGAGUACGAAACGGCUAAAGCCUUAAGACAUACAAAUGUAUGGAAACAAUAGAUGUUAUAUCAGAAACUGAUUGCAAACGUGGUCUGCUGAAAUGAACCCAUUGCCAGUCAUUCCCACUGAUCGUGACUGCGUCUCAGGUGUUUCACACCUUUCCAAAUAUACAUAAACACACACGCACACACGCACACACACACACACACACACUCAUCUUUGAACAUGUACUGCCUCUUGUAAGCUAAACGAAAGAGGUUUAUGUCUGUUUUACAUCCAAUCAGAAAUGGACAUUUCUAUGCUGUUACUUUUUAAGAAUUGGGCUACUUUGAUGUUGACUGCUAAAUAUGUGGUUAAAAGGAAUGAACUUAAAAUAAAAAACUGAAAAUGUA